UUCAGUAGGCUACUUCACGAAAGACUUCCUCGUUCUGUCUGAAGUUUAAGUGUGGCACGAAGUACUCUUUACAGAAAUCAGUGACCAUUUGACACAAGAUUAACAUCAAAAUGCGAUUGCUCUGCCUGUUCCUGCUGGUGGCUGGUAGUUCCUGCUGGUGGUUUACCGAUGAGGACGACAAGAAGGAAAGUGUCAAGAAGGAAAGUGUCAAGGAGGAAAGAUACAAGAAGGAAAUUGUUGGGACAGUGAUUGGAAUAGACCUCGGGACGACCUACUCAUGUGUUGGAGUGUUCAAGAACGGCCGUGUCGAGAUCAUCGCCAAUGACCAGGGAAACCGCAUCACUCCGUCAUACGUGGCCUUCACCACUGAAGGUGAGCGACUCAUCGGAGACGCUGCGAAGAACCAGCUGACCUCCAAUCCUGAGAACACAGUCUUUGACGCCAAGAGGAUGAUCGGCCGCACAUGGGGUGACUCGUCUGUGCAGCAGGACAUUAAAUACUUCCCCUUUAAGGUUAUUGAGAAGAAGAACAAGCCUCACAUCCAGCUGGACAUCGGAUCAGGUCAGAUGAAGACUUUCACCCCUGAGGAAAUCUCUGCUAUGGUUCUGACUAGAAUGAAGGAAACUGCGGAGGCUUACCUGGGAGAGAGGGUCAUACAUGCUGUGGUCACUGUGCCCGCUUAUUUCAAUGACGCCCAGCGCCAGGCCACCAAAGAUGCAGGAACCAUCGCCGGCCUGAUCGUCAUGAGGAUCAUCAAUGAGCCAACCGCUGCCGCCAUCGCUUAUGGUCUGGACAAGAGUGACGGUGUGAAGAACAUCCUGGUGUUUGAUCUCGGCGGCGGCACCUUUGACGUUUCCCUGCUGACCAUCGAUAACGGCGUCUUCGAGGUGGUGGCCACCAAUGGAGACACUCACCUCGGUGGGGAAGACUUUGAUCAGCGCGUCAUGGAGUACCUCAUCAAGCUCUACAAGAAGAAGACCGGCAAGGACGUGCACAAGGACAACCGCGCCAUGCAGAAGUUGCGUCGUGAGGUGGAGAAGGCCAAGAGAACACUGUCCACCCAGCAUCAGGCCCACAUUGAGAUCGAGUCCUUUUUCAGGGGUGAAGACUUCUCCGAGACGCUGACCCGCGCCAAGUUUGAGGAGCUCAACAUGGACUUGUUCCGCUCCACCAUGAAACCAGUGCAGAAGGUUCUGGAAGACGCUGACAUGAAGAAGUCUGACAUCGACGAGAUCGUCCUGGUUGGCGGCUCCACUCGUAUUCCCAAGAUCCAGCAGCUGGUGGAGGAGUUCUUCAACAGCAAGAAGCCGUCCAAAGGAAUCAACCCGGAUGAGGCUGUGGCUUACGGAGCCGCCGUCCAGGCUGGAGUUCUAUCAGGAGAAGAGGAUACCGGUGACCUGGUGCUUCUGGACGUUUGUCCUUUGACCCUGGGCAUUGAGACGGUUGGAGGAGUGAUGACCAAACUCAUUCCCAGGAACACUGGUGUGCCCAUCGGUAAAUCCCAGAUCUUCACCACCACUUCUGACAACCAGCCAACCGUGGCCAUCAAAGUUUAUGAAGGUGAGCGUUCGCUGACCAAGGAUAACAACCUCCUGGGCACCUUUGACCUGACCGGCAUCCCUCCGGCUCCCCGCGGCGUCCCUCAGAUCGAGGUCACCUUCGAGAUCGACGUCAACAGCAUUCUGCGCGUCACCGCAGAGGACAUGGGCACGGGCAACAAGAACAAGAUCACCAUCACCAAUGACCAGAACCGUCUGACGCCCGAGGACAUCCAACGCAUGGUGAACGAGGCCGAGCGCUUCGCCGAUGAGGACAAGAAGCUGAAGGAGCGCAUCGACGCCCGCAACGAGCUGGAGAGCUACUCCUACUCCCUGAAGAACCAGAUCGGGGACAAAGAGAAGCUGGGUGGCAAACUGUCGUCCGACAACAAGGAGGCCAUCGAGAAGGCGGUCGAGGAGAAGAUCGAGUGGCUGGAGUCUCACCAGGACGCAGAUCUCGAGGACUUCCAGGCCAAGAAGAAGGAGCUGGAGGAAAUCGUGCACGCCAUCGUAAGCAAACUGUACGGCAGCGCGGGUGGCCCGCCACCAGAGGAUGAAGACGAAAAGGAUGAGUUGUAGAUCGUCCAGACUUUGUUUUCAGUCGCAUGACGCCCUCGCCUCUCUAGGUGUACAUAUUGAACACGCAGAUAUUUUUGUAUGAGUGGGGCGAACGUAAAGCCUCAAAUCUCUUCAGGAAAGACUUGGAGCGUCUUAGAGAGUUGCGCUUGUUGUCUUAUUUUCUCUUCAUUCUGAUGGAGAUUUUGUCAGCCUGGUUUGAGGCUCGAUUUCUUUAACUUCACUGUACUAGUUAUUGGCAUGUUAGAGUUAUUCACAGUAAGCUGCGAAAAAGGACUCAAUUCAGUGUUCACUCUGUCGGACACACAGCCGAAGCGCGAGCACAAAUUCCACCUCUCAGAUGCAUGCGAUCCUGAAUUCAGUUCUCUUUCACAGUUUAUUGCACUUAUACAGUCAAGUUCACACACAAUUAUGUCAGGAGCACUUUGUGUGGAGUAUUCACAUAAAC